CAUAGGAAAAGAUCACCAACUUUUCUAGAAUUCUUAGACAACUUAGACUCUUGGAUAAUAAACUCUAAAGUUGGUCUACAUUUUAUCCAGUGGACAUUAGAUAGCUAUUGCUGGCUGUAUUGUUUCAAGUAAGCUGUUAGAUUUGAAAUUGGGUUUCAAAAUUCAAAAAUCUGAUAAUACCAAUAUUUUUGAUGGUCACUUCAGUGGUCAUUCGGGAUACCCUAUGAACUGGAUUUUCAAAUUAUUACCUCUCUUCUUUCCUGGUUUAUCAAGGCUUUAAAACUUGAAGUUGUUUUCACAAACAAUAACUCUGAGUUUCAAUCUCAAAUGGAUGCACCUAACCCAUUCAAAGCUGCUGAAAAAGUUAAGGAUAAACAAAUUCAAAGUUUCAUAGAUUCUCUAACAAAACAGAUGGAGAAAUCUAUCAUAACUACUCCUAACUUCUCUCCAAAAGUGUAUCUUAACCCCGUAAAGCUAGAAUAUCACCUGCUACUAACCGGAAGAAUACAAUUAUUGGUAGACUUUGUAGUAAAGCUUCUUAUGAUAUUACAAAAAUAAUAUAUAAAGUUAAUUUCACAUGGGAUCUUAAAGGAGGAGUUUCAUUUAAGAGAAGUAGAAGAUUUUGAUCUUCUAAAGCAAGGAGGUGCUUGGAAUAUCUUAGGUAAAUUGAUUGUUCUUGUUGAAUGUCCCAUACAAGGUCCACAUAUAAUUGAUGAAGACUGCUUAUUCAAAAGUAUGAUUUGGAUGCAUAUCAAAAACACCCCAAUAAGCUUCAUCAAUGAAGAAGAUCUCAAGUAAAUUUGUGCACCGGCAGGUGAGUAUCUGAAACAUAAGACCCUUGUGGAAGAAAUCAAGACGAAAAAAAUGUGGAGUGUCUUGUGGAAAUAAGAGUUCAACACAAUCUUCCUUUCGGAUCUGAAGUUUAUAAAGAUCCUUUUGCCAAACUUGAAUGGUUAGAGUUCCAUACAAGCUUUUCAUUCUUAAGAUAUGCAAAAGCUGUAGAUGGUUAGACCACUCAACAAAAACCUGUGAACAAGGUCUAGAAAAUCAAUCAAAAGAGAAGGAGACACCAGCCACACCACAAUCAACAACAAGCAAAGAAAAAACAAUUAUGGAGACAAAUAAGAGGGAUACACAAAGGAAAUCCUUUUCUUGCUCAUCUCCAUCAAUCCAGUUCAAGGCAGGAGAGUCAAGUUCUUCUACAAAUACUGAAAACCCAUUCGAGUUAACUGAAACGUCUUCAAAUCGGAGUAUCUUUGGGCCGAUAAAGAAGAACGUGGUAGAGGUAUUUAAAACUUCUACACAAAUUAUAGAAAAAACCCAACAUCAUGGCAAACUGAAACCAACACCGAAACCAAAUCUGAAACCGAACCAAAAACAGAAAAAUAAGGGGGGACAAUCACUCAGUCCUAAUGAACCUGAAGAUUAAGAAAAGAAAUGAGCGAAAACAAACCCUAGUUGAUCCUCUAGGAAAAAUAGGAGAAAUUGAUCCCUUUAUCUACAAUCAAAACCUAACUGCCUAUGGAAAUGCUCAUAUUCACCCACUAUUCAAGCCAUUCCAAAACUUUAAUAUGUCUGCUUUCCUCUGUAUUCAAAACCAAAAUCGAUUGAAUUCAGGAACAAAAUCUGGAGAAACACUAAAAAUUAAUAAAGGGUAUUGGAAGAGGGAGGCUAGAGAGGCAGUCGAAACCCAAUCUGCAAAAUUCCAAGAAAUAAAUGCUGAAGUUGUUAUGAACAAUGUCCCGAUGCAGAGGAAGAUAGAUGAUGAUAUGCAGAUUCAAAGUUCAAAGAAGAACAUAAACAGGGAGGAACAAAUUGAAGAAGUCAAGGAUAACAUGGAGGCACAAAAAAUCUUCAAAUCAAACAAUGAGUCCACUAUGGAGGCCACAAAAGAGGUACAGUCAGAGAAGCCAGAGGACUCUCUACUGACAGUACAACAAUAGAAGAACUGGAACAAGAGGGAGCUGAAGCAGCUUUACAAUGGGCAACAUGAUGGAGUGGACAUAGGAUUUCUUUCACAAGUGAUUCAGAACCAACUCUGGUGCUGUUGGUAGGAAUCUAUGCGGAAGCUAGAAGACAAAGAUACCAAAUCAGUGAAGAAUUUGGAAACACUAAUAAAUUUGAAAUGUACUUCCUAACAAAAGAAUUUAUGUUGGGUGAGAAAGAAAAAGUUCCGUGGGCAAUAAAACUGUCUAUUUUUUGCAA